GAAAUUAGCAAAAGUUUCAUGACUAACCUUCCCUUUCUAUAUCAAAUCUUUUUUUUUCUUUGAAGUCUACCUUAAAACACAACCUUAUUAUAAUCUUUUGUUGUUUACGUACAUCAAACAUAAUCUUAUAAUCUUUUGUUGUUCUUUAUUUGUCCUUGUUCAUUAACUUGCAUUUAUUUUAUCCACCACCAUGCUCUUUGGCUAGUAUCAUUAUUUCAUGUUCAGUUCACUACUACACGCUCCUCUCCUCUUAUUUAUUACACUCACCUCAUUUCACACCCUUUCAACUCCAAAGUAGUUUAUUUAUUGCAUCUUUCUUGCAGAAGAAAUGGAAGAAGCGCUACUCAUUAUUAAUUUUUAUAUAUAAGACUUGCUGAAUUAUGUCUGUUCUUGGUUUCAAUGCGUAUCUUUCCCAGUUGCUCAUUAUCAUAGAAAAGAGAGGGAAGAGUAUGGAAAGGUCUGUGCUUGGUGUUUCUGUUGUGGUUUAUAUCUGUUUUCUGGGUUCUUUUCAAGUGGUCUUUUCACAAAGUGGAGUAGUGAAUAUGAAGGAUUUCAUUAGCUGGGAUGACAUGAAGGUUGAUGAAGAUAAAGCAAAACUGAAUUCUAGAUAUGAUUAUAAUAGAAGCAGAAUAAUUGUAGUUGACAGGAAUGGUGAAGGAGAUUCUUUAACAGUUCAAGGUGCUAUUGAUAUGGUACCAGAAAGUAACCCACAUAGAGUCAAAAUUUACAUUCUUCCUGGAAUUUACAGAGAGAAGGUACUUGUACCAAGUACAAAGCCAUAUAUCUCAUUCAUUGGGAAGGAAAGUCAAUGUGCUGAUACUGUAAUCACGUGGAACAACAAAGCUUCUGAUAUGGACAGCAAUGGAGUUGAAUUAGGAACCUACAGAUCAGCAUCAGUCACCAUAGAAUCCGAUUACUUCUGCGCGACUGGAGUCACUUUCGAGAAUACAGUAGUAGCAGAGCCUGGAGGAUACGGAAUGCAAGCAGUAGCACUGAGGGUUUCAGGGGACAAGGCCUUUUUUCACAAAGUUAGGAUCCUGGGGACACAGGACACACUGUUAGAUGAGACUGGGUCGCACUUCUUUUACCAAUGUCACAUUCAAGGAAGUGUAGAUUUUAUCUUUGGUAAAGGAAGAUCGCUGUUUCAGGAUUGCGUGCUUCAAUCGACAGCUAAAAGAUCUGGAGCAAUUGCAGCUCAUCACAGGGAUACACCAUUUGACGAUUCGGGUUUCUCUUUCGUAGGCUGUGUGAUCAAUGGAACAGGGAAAAUCCUACUGGGAAGAGCUUGGGGAAACUAUUCAAGGGCAAUAUAUUCCUACUGUUUCAUUGAUGACGUUAUAACUCCUCCAGGAUGGAGUGAUUGGAACUACCCAGACAGACAAAAGACUGUGUUUUUUGGAGAGUAUGAAUGCAGUGGAAGAGGAGCAGAUACAGGAGGUCGAGUGCCAUGGUCGAAGACUUUCAGUUACGAGGAAGUAAGGCCAUUCUUGGACAUGCAGUUCAUAAAUGGAGAUGAAUGGCUUAGACUAUAGGUAUUUUUUCUUCCUGUCUAGUUAAGCUUGUCAAAUUGCUAGUUUUUCCCGUUUUAUUUUUUUCUAAUCCCCCUUAGAGCAAGUGGCUUUAUAGGGGAUUUGCCAUGUCAUAAAAGGCUAAAGUAUGCACAGCACA